CCAAUCAACUCGAAAAGGAUCGAUGUUUGAGUUAAAAACAAAUGUAUCGAGAACUUUGGAUAUAAAUAUCUGCAGUUCUAGCACCCGCCGUACCGACCUACAAGUACAUGAUGAUGCCUACAAAGUUGCAACAAAAAUAAUAUCCUGAAAUUAGAUUGAAGAUGUUGAGCCUUGUGAAGGCAAAGGGAAACAAGAGCAAUCAUUUAUUCCGACAAGUGGCAAGAGACACUACAGGGGAGACUUACAACCCACCUGAGGAGAGUGAAGUUGUCUUCGCAUAUGAAUAUAUACUUGAAACAGGAAAGAAAGUACUAAUAGGAGCUGCCAGUUAUACGAUUGCUCUUCCAACACAAACUGACCCUAACGAAGAAAAUUAUAAUCAUUUUCUUAGUUUUCUAUUUAUCAAAGGCCAUUGGCAAGGACUUGGGUAUGGCAAGUGGUUGCUCAAUUUCAUAGAAUCUGACAUGAUGAAGACUGUGAGGCGUCCAAUUCAUGUUGAAAGUGCUAUCGGCUCAGUUGAAUUUUUUAUAAAACAAGGAUACACUUAUAGUGGGCGCUACACAGACUGUGUCUGUAGUGGAUCACCAUUAUUCAAGACAUUGUGCUAUAUGACAAAAGAGCCAAUUAUAACAUUCUGCAAUAAUCUUAACAUUUAAUGUACUAUACAACAAUGAUAGGAUGAUAUUGUUUUAUUUAUUGAGAUAUUAUGAAAAUAAUCUUUUACAAGAAUAUGGUGCCUGCGAUGCGGAGCAAUGCCACUACAGAGGAAAAUAAUAUGAGACUUAUAACAGAAAGUGUAUCAAUAAUACUCCACAUUUAUAUAUGUAGAGGGCACAUGUUAUUCACUCUGAAAAAGGGGAAAUUGAAGGAAGUGUUAGUACAGUGAAGCCUGUAAAGUUGAACACAUCUACAAGUAGAACACCUCUGAUUGAGGAACACUUUUCAGAGUCCCAAGGCCAACCAACUCUAAGUUAAAUGAACCUCCAUAAGUGGAACACCUCCCAGGCGGGACACUUUUUAGAGUUACCAAAUGUGUUCCGGUUUGAC